CUUGACUAAAUGGUACAACCCCAAGAAUCCAUUCACGAUCUUCCUGCACGGCUUCACCCAAGAUCCUACUGGAAACAGCUAUAAGGAAAUCAGCAAAGCUUUCCUUGAUCAAGGAGACUGCAACAUCCUGGCGCUGGACGCGAGCUCGCUGAUCCGCUGGCUGUACCUGCGCUCCACCACCAUGACGCGCUUCAUCGGAGAGAAGCUCGGGGCCAUGCUGGCAGCACUCGUCAACGCCGGUCUCGACCCAUCCAACAUCCACUUGAUCGGGCACAGCCUGGGCAGCCACAUCUCAGGGUUCACGGGCAAGACGUUCCGCAACCUGACGGGGAAACUCAUCGGUAGGAUAUCAGGCCUGGACCCCGCCGGACUCUGCUUCGCAGACUUGGAGGCUUCUUGCAGGCUGAACAAGGAAGACGCUAAGUUUGUCGAUGUCAUACAUACUGGUGAUGGAGUGUUAGGGCUGGAUGGACAGUUUGGUCACGUGGACUUCUACCCGAACGGUGGUUCGGACCAGCCGAACUGCCUGUUGCAGACUUGCAGCCACAACCGCGCGUGGAUCCUGUAUGCCGAGUCGGUACUGAAUCGCGACGCCUUCCUCGCUGUCAAGUGUGCUGACUACGAUGACUUCAAGAACGGAAAAUGCGACUACAAUGAUACCAGAAUAAUGGGGUACUUUAGUUCCCCCGAGUCCCGAGGGCAGUACUUCCUGCAGACGUCAGACAAGGUGCCUUACGGCCGCAGGUCAGAAGGUCUGAAAAUGUCUUUGAAAGUCCACACGCUACAUGCUCAUUUGGAUAACUUUAAGGCCAACUUAGGUGCAUAUUCAGAAGAGCAAAGGGAACGUUUCCACCAAGCUGUAGUGACCUUUGAAAAGCGUUAUCAAGGACAAUAUAAUGAAAAUAUGAUGGCCUUUUUAUCGUCCCACUGCUGGGCACAGGCCUCCUCUCACAUGGAGAAGGAUUGA